AUGGCCAGACAGUGUCCGGCGUUGACGGCCCCAGCUAACGGAGCACGGACACCCGCUACCGGAGCGACCUCCUACCUGGACCAGGUCACGUUCACCUCUGACGGAGCAUGGAGUAAUGCAGUUCCAACAUGCACACCCAUACAAUGUCCGGUGUUAAAUGCUCCAACCAAUGGAGCACGGGCGCCUCCUACCGGAUCGAGCCUAUACCAGAACCAGGUCACGUUCACCUGUAACACGGGAUACGACCUGGACGGAGUCUCUCCUGUGACGUGCCAAGCUGACGGAACAUGGAGCAACCCUGUUCCAAUAUGUAGACCGAGGUGUCCGGUGUUGACGGCCCCAACUAACGGAGCACGGACGCCCCCUACCGGAGAGAACUCCUACCAGGACGUGAUCAGGUUCACCUGUAACACAGGAUACGUACGGAACGGCGCUUUUGAUACGACAUGCCAAGCCGACGCAACAUGGAGCAACCCUGUCCCAACGUGUGAAACCAGACAAUGUAACGCGUUGACGGUACCAACUAACGGAGCGCUGAGUCCUGCCGCACCGCACAACUAUCCUGCCACGGUUACGUUCUCCUGUAAUGCAGGAUACGUAGGGAAUGGCGCUGUAACUACGACGUGCCAAGCUGACGGAACAUGGAGCAACCCUGUUCCAACAUGCACACCAAGACCGUGUCAAGCUUUGACGGCACCGACUGAUGGAGCGCUGAGUCCUGCCGCCCCGCACAACUACCCUGUCACGGUUACGUUCACCUGUAACGCGGGAUAUGUACGGAACGGCGCUCAAACUACGACGUGCCAAGCUGACGGAUCAUGGAGCAACCCUACCCCAACAUGCAUACCCGGGCAAUGUUCAACUUUGACGGCCCCAACUAACGGAGCACUGAGUCCUCUCGGAGCGACGUCCCUCGGGAAUACAGUAACGUUCACUUGUAACUCGGGAUACCUACUGUACGGCGCAACUACAUCGACGUGCCAAGCUGGGGGAAUAUGGAGUAAUCCUGUUCCAACAUGCACACCCAUCGAGCCUAUUCUUAAUUAA